AUGGAGGAGGGGGAGGAGGUUGAAUACACGCUGAAGCGCAUUGACUUUGACAUUGAUUGCUACAGAAAGCAAUGGGCUGAUGUUGAGCGAUACAAGAUUGCUGACAAAUGUUCUGACAAGUGGGUGUACACUGCAACACCAUUGGCUGAGGUGUACAAGAAGACUGACAAGAGAUCUGGCAGCUCCACAUCCGCAGCUGGAGAUCAGUGGUUGACUUUGGCACAAGCAUUGCAUAAACUGCAUUUGGAUAAGCGCGCAGCUACAGAGAGCCUGGGUUCGCAUACAGUCGCAUUGGCGCUUUUCUCGAAUGAUGUUCGCCUGAAAUCAAACGGCUUUUAG